CCGGAGCAGCCUACUUAACACUAGAGGAGAAGCGACUUCCCCAAGGUCACCGGCAGCUCGACCCCACUCCUCGACCAGGCCGGUGGCCCGCACCUGACAACGGGGCUGCAGCUCUGCUGGGAAAAGCGCUGUCCCCAGCGCCUCAGGGUCUCCUUCACCAACGCUGCGCUCCGAGGCCACGUGGCUGCUGCGGCCAAGAUGCCCCCGCCCGGCCGCCCCCCCUCCCCCGGAGACCAAGCCUUCCACUCCCCCGAGGCUCCCUCCGACCCAGCCGAGGAAACAAGGGCACCGCGGGGUCCCGGCCGAACGUGCGGCCGCCAGUUACCAACUAACCGUUAUGCGCGGCUCGCGGCGCCGAGCGUGAACGUGACGCCGCGGCGCGGCUGGAGUCCCGCAGGGCCCAGGGUCCAGGUAGCGUCUUUCACCGGCUGCCUCGUCUGCUCGCCCGGGAACCCACGCGACCGAGUAGUCACGUCGCAGCUCGCCAGCACUUUGUCGGGCUGGGCCAGCGAGGCUGCUUUAUAACUGGCCGGGGCCGGAGCAUGCGCACAGGGGGCGGAGUCGGCCCUCCCGGCCACCGCCCCCUCCCCCCUACACUCACACCCGAACCGCAACUCGCGCCUCCACAGCUCUCAGGCGCGCGCCCGCUCACUCUCUCGCGCGCGCUGGCGCCCCCUCCCCGCCACGUGACCGGCGGCCCGACAGGACCCGAAAGCUGCGCCCCGCUAUGCAACGCCGACCGCGUUGCCGCACCGCUGUGGGGGACUCGCCCUUUCGGCCAGCCGUCGGAGGACUUCGGGGUGACCUACUCGCAUCUGGGACACCAACGUCGAUCUCGCCCUCAGUCUCUGCCAGAGAAAAGGGGGAAACCGCUAAGGACGGAUGGGGCGUGUCCCCCGGCUCCUGACUCAGAGCCUGGUCUGUAGCAUUUGGUGAAUGGUGGGUAUAAAGGCAGAAGUCGGGAGAGAAGAGCACGUCUGACGGUGGCGACACUGGUCCCAAGGGAGGGUCUGUGUGUCGGAAAUAUGAAGAAAUGAGACUGCAGAGAGGCCAACUUUUUAUGGACGCUGAGGAUUUGGGACAAAAUAUAAUUAUAGCUCACAGUUCUGAAGGGCCGAUUGUAUUCUUAGCAGUUCACCUGAACUAUCCUCACAACCCUAUGGUGUUGUUGAAGUGAUCAAAUUAAAUAAUCCUGGAGUGCU